GGCUGUGCAACGCACUUCAUUAGGGUAGCAUUUGGCCCAAGAGAUCAAACGUACCGGGACAUGUUUGAGGUGACGGCUGAAAUGGAGGAGUAUGGCACUGGGGUGGUCAUUCAAGCCAGUGGCCAAACGCCCUUCUCUGUUAAUGUCAGAGAACUCACAUUUGAGAAUGUUGCAGAUAAUACUGCCUAUAAGCCAGGGAUCCCAUUCGAGGGCAAGGUCAAGCUGACUGGAAUAGACAGGAAGGCGGUGGGGGACGAGGUGGUAUAUCUAUACGUGGACGUCAACGCAGCGUCGUACAACCUCACGCUUCUGACCCAAGACAACGGCAUGGCUUCUUUCUCCCUGGACACCUCCCUGUGGAAGAACAGCGUGGUUCUUACGGCAAGCUCUAGACCCAAGGAAGAACGGCAGUCAUUUGUGCAUGGGGAACGCCUGCCUGCAUACCCCUCGGCAGUACUGACCAUGGGGCCGUUCUACUCUAAGAGCAAGAGCUUCGUGAAGAUCUCAGCCAACGGCCACAAGAGCCUCUGUGAGGGGGAGUCCCAGGUGGGCGCCCAGUACAUCAUCCAGGGCGAGGAGCUUAGGCCGGGGCAGGAGGAACUGCCCUUCUACUACACCGUGAUGUCCAAAGGUGCAAUAAUGAGGCAUGGGCAUCUUCCAGUUGCUGUAAAAGAAGGAAUCGUCAACAAAGGAGUGCUAUCCAUCCCCCUGCUUGGAAAAGCUGCCCUCAGCCCAUAUGCCCAAGUGGUGGUGUACACUUUGAUGCCAAGUGGGGAGGUGUUGGCGGAUAACAAGGACUUCCCAGUGGACCAGUGCUUCGAGAAUAGGGUGAAGCUGGAGUUCUCAGCAGAUCGAGAGCUGCCUGGAGGAGAGGCCUCGUUUCGCCUGGAGAGCCAGCCAGGAUCCUUGUGCUCCGUCAGGGCGGUGGACCAGAGCGUCCUUCUGCUGCAGCCGGAUCAGGAGCUCAGCGCUUCUUAUGUACGUUCUCACACUCUUACCAAAGACAUAGACUCCAUCCCAGGACAACCAGUGAUGAUGACCCAGCUCAAAGGAUGAUUAAUAAGGGUCAGA